AUGUCUUUAAGAACAAAAGCGGAAUUAGCUAGAUUUAAACCACUUAGUCGAUUCGUUGAGCAUUUCGAUUUGAUGCCGCCGACUGAACUACUAGACACAUCCUCUGUGGAAUUACCUGUAGAGGAGCCACCAGAACAGCCAAAUAUCAACAGCAAGAAGCCUUUUUAUGCUCUACCUCCAGGAAUUCAAAGAAAGUACCCUUCCAAUCUAAGCAUUCAAUCGGCUAGUGCUGCACCGUCUGCUCUCAUGUAUUCCCCUACAUCACCUGCGGCAGACAUUCGAGACUAUUCCAGAAACAUGCCAUCCACUACUACACAACAACAACAACAACAACAACAACAACAACAACAACAACAACAACAACAACAACAGGAACCUCUUGAUCUCUUGAGAUCUGUCGGCCGUAGUCAAAGCCAACCUGCCAUACCUUCUUCCAACAACGAUUCAGGCACUAAAAAAACCAGCAGUUCAUCCUCAGUUGUCACCAUGACAAAAGCGGCUAGUCCACCACCACCAACAGAACCAAUAGUGCUUGCCAAUACAGUCAUAGUGCCAUUAUCCAAAGGAAACACAACCUAUGCAUCUCCUACGACUAGUUCAGGUAAAUCCAAAUUAUCUCGUGCCAGCUUGAACAAAGCCAACAUCAUCAUCGAGCGCUAUGAUGCAUGGAGCAAGUUUUUGACCUUGAUCAUUGCCUGGGUGAGCGAGGUCUCUCGUCUCAGCGCACAAUCCGAACGUUCCUUCAGCUCUCUGCUAAAGAAAGAACACCGAUUUUCUCAACUUCAAGCAAGUAACAUUGAGACAGCAAAUGGAAUCCAUGCAACCAUCCAUGGUUUCACAGUGGACUUGGCAUUGCAAGAACAGCAGUUUGGACAUCGUCUCAAGGAACGUGUGCCUAUUUUAGAAAAGUUUAAAAAAGAAUGUGCAACGCAUCAAAAAGAUUUGAAAUCAAGAACUGAUCUAGCCCUGGAUGAGUUCUUACGACGAGCUGAAGUUACUGCCAGUUUGAUGGCUCAACUCAACAAAGCAUGUAAAGAGGCUGGUCGUACAAUUGAAAAGGGUGUUCACCUGACAAGUGAUCCUUGGUUGGCCAAUCUCUAUGUUCUGAGGCAACUCAAGAGAGAGGUGGAUGAGGAGAAUAGACUGAGAAGACUGAUGGUGCCUAUUCAACAUGCCAUGCUUGACUUUGAAACGCGCUUACUUAGGGCAGUGGAGGAAACUAUCAAACUCUGCUUUGAAAGACCAGGCAGCCUUUCGGAAGAGAGACUCAACAGUCUGGAGGCAUCCUUGAAUGCUGCUGUAUCCGACAAUUGGAGCACAUUUGUGGCUAACAACAAAAAGGACCUUGUCAAUGAAAAGAACCCCAACAAGCACUAUCUCAAGAUCAACUAUCCGUUCAAAAACGAUCCUCUAGUAAUGACACUUCACAAAGGCGAACUUGAGCGCAGAUCAGGUGUCUUGAACAAGUACACGCAUAGAUUCUUUGUGCUCACUGAAUCUGGAUUUCUACAUCAGUUUAAACUGAAUGACAAGGUGUCUCCUGAAUUCUCCAUUUACAUACCUAAUGCCACUAUCAUACCCAGCAUGGAUAUCAGCCAUUUGAACCUCACUACGCUUCAAGCAGAGCCAGAAAAGACAAGCAACUAUUCUUUUGAAAUACAACGUUCAGGAUCUGUGUUACAGCGUGAUAAAUCAUAUGUAUUUCGCACAUCCAGUUUGGCUGAAAUGGUGGUGUGGUGUAAAUUACUCAGUGAUGUCGCUACGAGACCUCUGGAUGCUGUAUUACAGCCAAGGCAGCUACCACAAUACACGAGUAGACCAUCCACAGUCUUGUCGGGUCAUAGCUCAGCAAGGAGCAUUGUACUGUUCUCUCAUCAGCCAAUGCCUCCCAUUCAACAUCAAGAAACCACACCGCCGCCAUCUCCUGUCCAACAAUUGCCUGAAUCAUUGCAAAGUAAGAUUAACAGAAUGAGUGCUGUAACAGAUGAUAUACCUCAGUUUGCCAUGCAGCAGCCUACUCUCUCUCCCACAACGUCAACAGAGCUUUACAUGCCUGCAUUGACGGAAGAUUACACAGUGAUGGGAGGAAGACACAAGCAAUACGCGCCGCAAUUAAGUAUUUAA